UAAUUGUCAUGUAGUGUUAGUUUCAGUCAAAGUGAACUUUAUCUACCUCAAAUGUCGGAUUGGGAAGCCGAAUAUGACGAGAUUGGUGAAGCCAUCUCGAAGACUUCGCAUGUUAAUACAGCUACCUAUUCACGAUGGAAAGCUGCCUCAAACAGAGACGUUACCGUCACCACCGAGCGUGACAGAGACGUUACCGUGACCGAGCGUGACUCUAACAACAGGAGACAAACGCGCCCUCUGACUCUAACCUUGGGAAACUCUUUAAUCGGGAGAGUUAUAGGUCGAGGAGGAACGAAAAUACGUGAACUGGAGCAGACAAGUGGAGCGAGAAUUAAGAUUAACCGUGGAGAUUAUGAGGGAGAGGUGCUGAUCUUCGGUAACAGUGAUGUCCAGCAGAAAGCCAGUGAUCUGAUCAAGGAACUGAUUGGAACAAAUACAGCCAGUGGGCCUGGAAUUUACAGUGAUAAUCAGAGUUCACGCUCAAAGAGUGACACUUGCUGGUCAGCAUGUGCACUGCAGGUUUCAGCUCAGCCUUCUUCUGCUCCUAUAGAUUGGGGUGCCAUAAGAGAGAAUAGGGAGAAGUAUGAAACUUUGAAAUGGCAAGAUCUUCCACCCCUGAAGAAGAAUUUUUACAUUGAGGCAGACUCCGUGGCCAAGCGCAGUGCAGAGGAGAUCAGAAACUGGAGAAAGGAGAACAACAAUAUCUUUGUGGAUGAUCUGAAAGAAGAAGUGAAAAGAGCAAUUCCUAAUCCUGUGUACACUUUCGAGGAGGCCUUUUCUCACUAUCCUGGAAUAAUGGAGAACAUAGUCAGAGUUGGUUUUCAAAAGCCAACUCCAAUACAGUCUCAGGCUUGGCCUGUAGUUCUGAGUGGCCUGGAUUUGAUUGGUAUUGCACAGACUGGCACUGGGAAGACGCUCGCCUAUCUUCUCCCUGGGUUCAUUCACAUGGACCAGCAGCCUGUGCCUAGAGACAAGCGAAAUGGCCCUGGAAUGCUGGUUCUGACUCCUACUCGUGAACUGGCACUCCAGAUAGAAUCAGAGUGCAAAAAGUACAGUUACAAAGGCUUUAAUAGUAUCUGUGUUUAUGGAGGAGGUGACAGACAUGCUCAAAUAAAGACAGUUACCAGGGGCGUUGACAUUGUAAUUGCUACACCAGGACGACUGAAUGAUUUGCAAAUGAAUGAGCUAAUAAACCUACGUUCCAUCACAUAUCUGGUAUUGGAUGAGGCAGAUCGAAUGCUGGACAUGGGCUUUGAGCCUCAAAUCAUGAAAAUCAUCCUGGAUAUUCGGCCUGACCGGCAAACAGUUAUGACCAGUGCCACUUGGCCAACAGGUGUCAGACGUUUGGCCAAGUCCUACCUAAAAGACCCCAUGAUGGUGUAUGUGGGCACACUAGACCUAGCAGCUGUGGACACAGUGCAGCAGACAGUUUUGAUUGUACAAGAGGAAGAGAAGAAGGAAUAUGUCUUUGACUUUAUUUACAAUAUGGAGCCUGAGGAUAAAGUGUUAAUAUUUGUUGGAAAAAAAAUUGUUGCAGACGACCUAUCCAGUGAUCUGUGUCUGCGGGGGAUAGCUGUGCAAUCUCUGCAUGGAGACAGAGAGCAGUGUGACCGUGAAGAAGCCCUACAGGACUUUAAAGAUGGACGUGUGCGUAUACUUGUGGCCACUGAUCUGGCGUCUAGGGGACUAGAUGUCCAUGAUAUCUCGCAUGUCUUCAACUUUGACUUCCCUAGGAACAUUGAGGAGUAUGUGCACAGAGUUGGGCGGACCGGCCGUGCUGGGCGGUCUGGCUUUUCUGUAACCCUGGUCACGAGAGGUGAUUGGAAGAUGGCAGGUGAACUUGUACACAUUCUAGAAAGAGCUGGACAGGAGGUACCAGAGGAGCUGGUAUUGAUGGCAGAGCGCUAUGACAAACACCAGAAAGAGAAAGAGAUGUUUCCUACUAAACCCAGAGGAGGAAGGGGUCAAAGAGGAGCCAAAGAUGGGUUCAGAGGUGGCUCAAAUAGGCGUUUCUGAAGAAAGAAAGAAGAGGCCAGUCAAGUUCAUCUGUCUCCAGCCUCAAGAUUUUGUUCCAAGUUUUUUCAAGAAAAAUUACAUUUGAGUUGAAAAAGAACAUUGUUUUCAGUUUGUUAUUGUUUAUGUAUCCAAAAUAAAUAUUUUUCUGAUUUAAAUGACAUUGAAUUAAACAUUUCUAAAGAA